AACCGACGAAGCUUGUAGGAAACAGCAGAGGAAACACCAAAACAACUCAGCACUUCUCUCAGUAUUGAACCUAGCCCAUAUAAGAUGGAGUUUCGUCAGCGUCACUAUCAGAUUCUGCCUGGCUUUGAAAUAAAUUCGUUUUAGAAGUUGUUUGUUAGAAGCUACGCAAUGGACAUCCUAAUAGAACCAGACUGCUUCAAGGUCUGUCGCAUUUGCAUGGAAAACUGCGAGGAGGACUUUGUGUGCAUCUACGACGAGUUCGAGGACAAUAUCCUGAUGGAUGUAAUAACCGAAUGUGCCCGCGUUGAGAUAAGAAAAGAUGACGCGCUGCCACGGAACGCCUGCCGAAACUGUGCCGAGUAUAUGAUAAUCGCUUAUCACAUCAUCCAGAAGUGUCGUGACGCGGACCGGUCGUUACGGUCGAUUUUCAAGCACGAGAUCGACCUGCGGAGUCGGAAGGACGAGGCGAAGGCGUUCUGCGCGGAGGAACUCCACAUCAAUCCGGCCGAGUACGAGUUUCUGCUAUCCGAGGCGUACAACAACAUGAUGCUGGAGAACGUGGAGCGGUUGAUUGGGGUUGAUCAGGUGGUGCAGCAGGAGGAAGCACCGCCGCCGGUUGAGGCGCAACAGUAUCAGGAGAAUUGCGAUAUCGGUACAACAGUACCAGGAGAAGUUGAGUAUCCGGAUUUGGUUGGUGUUCAGGAGAACCAGCCACCGGAGGAGUCGGAACAACACGGCAACGGUGAGUUGCAGGGAACUAGGAAGUGCUGCGGCUGUAAGAAGGAGUUUGCAACCGAGGUAGAUCUGCAGAACCACAGUGACCUGAUCCACCUGAACGAGUCGAUCAACACUCCGGAAACGGCUGGUAAGCUGAAACCGUUCACGUGUACCGUGUGCUACAAGUCCUUCUCGAACCAGCAGUUGCUGAAAGAACAUCAACGCAGCGUGAUCCGCAAGUUUUUCUGUCGUCAGUGCGGCCGAGGGUUCAUGACCCAAACCAACCUGGACAACCAUUUGAAGUGCCACGUGAGUUCGUCUCCGGAGAUGAAGAAGUGCUGUGGCUGUCGGAAGGACUUUGAUAACGAAGCCGACCUGCUGGCACAUUCGGCCGCGGUCCACAAACCGGACCGUACCGACAAUCCGGACAAGCCGUUCGAGUGCGAGGUGUGCUUCCGUCGGUAUCCGACGCGGAAGUCACUGGUGGGGCAUCGCAGGAUGAUCCAGCAGCACCAGUGCGGUUUUUGUGGGGAGAUCUUUGCGAAGAAGUUGUUUUUGACGGCGCACGAGCAGACCUGCCACCAGGGUGGGUCGAGCGAUGAGGGUAGGAAACGAUGCUGUGGAUGUCGGUUGGAGUUUAACAGCUCGAAGGAACUGUUGGAGCACGCGAUGGCCACGCACAAACCUGCGGCGGAACUGCAGGACGAAGGCGAUGACGAGAAGAAACCUGUCGAGUGUGAGAUUUGCUUCAAACGAUUCAGCUCGAAGCUGAACCUCGCGCAACACCAGAAGAAGGCCAGCCAAGAUCGGAAAUAUACGUGCGAUAUCUGCGGGCGAACGUUCCACCGGGCUCACGACAAGGCGAAUCACGAGACGACCCACUCCAGCGAAAUGCCUUACGGUUGCCAGAUCUGCUCGCGGCGUUUCAAGAACAAACUCUACCUCAAGAACCACUACAAAAUGCACGCCACAAGCGAUUCGCGCGAGUUCGUGUGCCACGAGUGCGGCAAGUGCUUCCGAACGAAGGACCUGCUGAAGACCCACUCCGUUACGCACAGCGAGACACGCAAGUACGCCUGUACGAUCUGUCCGGCGACGUUCAAGCGACUGCAAUGUCUGAAGAUCCACACCAAGGUGCACACGCAGGAAAAGGCGUUCGCGUGUUCGCUGUGCGACAAGCGCUACAUCCAAUCGUCGGACCUGAAGCGACACCUGUUGACGCACGAUCCGGGCGAGAGUGGGAAGCCCUUUCAGUGCGAGUACUGCUUGAGGCGGUACCCACGGAAGGAUUACCUGAAGGUUCACAUCCGCAAGCAGCACCUGGAGAAGGCCGACAUGAUCCUGAUCGAAGAUAUGGCGCUGGAGUUGCAGGGCGACGAGGAGGAUUUUCUACCGAUUUAGACGUAGUUUUGGGACGAAAUUUUUGAAUAAAAGCAAGACAC